AUGAGAUGCUAUUUUUGCAACACAGAGACAGAAGAUUUUUGUAUAUGCGAGAGUGAAAGCUCAGUUGUUUGCGAAAAGCACGCUUUUCGCCACGUAAAUGAAAAUCCGAGUGCUUGACAUUUCUUUGAGAAAAUUUAUUAUUACCCAACUUAUCCAGAGAAGGUUAAGCUUUUCAAUAAUAUAAAAAUUAAAAUCAGCACUUUGGAAACUAUAAAAGCUAAUAAAAUUAAAGAAAAUGACCAAGUUAUCAAAGAUAUCUUAAAAAAACUGAAAAACGAAGUAGAAAUUAUUGAUGGAGACAUAUCAAAUCUUAAUUAUUUUUUGAAGCAAUUAACUGUUCCAUGUAUUUCAAAUAUUGAGCAUGCUAAAAUCGUUUCACUAUUUAAUUCUUCAUAUGAAAACAUAAUAAAAUUUCUUGAAGACAAUGGUUGGCUAAGACUUCAAAAUUUUAUUUCAAAAAUCAGCCCAACUUAUAAAAAUAGUGAAACACAAGCUAUAAACUCAGAUCAAAGGCCAUUAUGCGAUCUUUCUUAUCCAUUUACUGUUGGACCAGCUCCAAAAAUACAAGCUCAAAUAAAUAAUGAUUUCCCAGUCUACAGAGGAGCACAAAUGCCACUUCCAAAAUUAAAUGCAGUGUGGUCAAAACUUACAGAGGAAGGAACUUUUGUUCCUUAUAACCAAGCUGAUAACGAAAUAAUUGAAAACGCAUAUCAUAAAAAGGAUCCUUUUGCUUCUAUUGGUGGUGAUGGCAACCAAUGCUUCGUAAAAUUAACAUCCCCAAUUUUAGAAAUCCAAGAAGUGAGAAGCUUAAUUACAAAGGUCUUAAGAAAUAAUAGCCCAGAAAUUUUUGACUCUAAAGCCAUAUUAGAGUCUUGGUACUAUAAAAGCGACAAAGGAUGGAGAGUAAUGACUCCUGACGCUUCAAGAAUGGCUGAAUACGCGCAUCGGAAACAAUAUAAGGAAGCCUUAGUUCAAGGUGAAAAUAAGAAAUCAUACCGACUUGACUUGAUAAACAUGAAACAGAUUAAUCCUAAAACAAAUUAUAAAAGAGAUAUUAGAAGGGGCAAUAUCCCAAGCAAGGCAGAAGAAGAGACUAAGAGUGAUAAUGGUUUAAAUGCACUGCCUAUUGCGUUAGCUUCACAAAAAUCACCUUUACCGACUAAGAGAGGCUAG